UUUCUCCUUCCUCCUCCUCCUGCUUGGCUGGCUUUGGGAGCUUUUGUUUUUUUCUCCCACGUGACCGUGGUGUUGUUUUGGUGGCGGCUGCUGGUGGUGGUGCUGCCCCUCGGUGCAAGAGCUCCUCUUGAGGAGGAGGAGGAGGAGGAGGAGGAGGAGGAGGAAAAUAACUUGGGAAAAGGAGGGGAGGAAGAGGAAGAGGAGAGCCAAGGAGGGAGGAGAAGAGGAAGGGAUUGCUGAGGGCGCCGCAGAGAAGCAGCUCAGGGGGAGAUAAAAGGCAGGCAGCUCUGAGGGGGAAAGGAAGACAGUUCUGAGAGGGGGGGGGGCACAUAGACGGGGAAUUGCAGAUAGUUUUGAGGUUGAAAAGGCAGGCAAUUCUGAGAGAAAAUGCAGAAAGAUCUGAGGGGAAAGGUGGACAGUUUUGAGGCGGGAAAAAACAGACAGUUCUGAGGGGCUAAGGAGCCAAUUCUGAGGGGAGAAAGCAGAUAGUUUUGAGGCAAAAGGGAGACAAUUUUGAGGGGGGAAAGCAAAUAGUUUUGAGGGGGGAAGGAGACAGUUUUGAGGGGAAGCAAAAAGGAGACAGUUCUGAAGGGGAAAGGCAGAUAGUUUCGAGGAUAAAAAGGCAGGCAAUUCUGAGAGAAAAUGCAGAAAGAUCUGAGGGGAAAGGUGGACAGUUUUGAGGGAGGGAAAGGCAGGCAGCUCUGAGGGAAGAGACAGGCAGUUCUGAGGUUGAAAGGCAGGCAGUUCUGAGGGAGGAGAGAGACAACUCUGAGGGGAAGGGUAGCUAAUUCAAGGGGGAAAGGCAACCCUUCGGAAGAGAAAGGCAGCCAGUUCUGAGGAGAAACAUGUGGCCUCAGCCCCGAGCCCGGCCGACGCUUCAGGGCCUCCGAGCGGGGUUUUAGCCCGGCGCAUUCCUUCCUCCGCAGGACAAUGGCAAUGGCGGCGGCUCCUCCGGCCUUGGCUCCCCGCAGCAGCCCCGGGAGCAGAAGCAGCAGUGGCGGCAGCCCCGGGAGCGCCCACGGCGGCGGGCAGGCUUUCCUUCCGCACCCCUCUUGCCCGAGGAAGGCUCCCCCGCCGCCGCCGCGCAUGGACCCCCGCCGCAGGCAAGCCGCGCUCUCCUUCCUCACCAACAUCUCCCUGGAUGGGCGGCCGGCGCUGCAGGAGGACGAAGGCGGCGGCGGGGAAGGAGACCGAGAAGGGGGAGGCAGCGGGGACGGUCCCGUGUUGGCGGGCAGGGCUCCCGUUGGCCCCAGCAAUAGCAUCAGGACUCGGUUCGGCUCCGGCGCUUUCCAGUCGCCGCCGCAGCAGCAGCAGCAACACGGGGCUUACAACGCCCCCUCCGCCUGCCUCCGGUUCACGAUGAGUCCCUUCGGGGCCUCCCGGAGCGAGGAAGGCGACGACGAGGAGGAGGAGGAAGAAGAGGGGGAGGAAGACGCCUUCGCCAGCCCGCAGGGUCCGUCGGGCGUCGGAGGGGCGAGGGGCCGCCUCAGCUCCUUCACUCAGGGAAUCCUGCCCCUCUCCGCCUUCGCCCGCGCCGCCCCGCAGGGCUACCACGCCUGCUGCGCCCUCGAGCAAGCCGGGCCCGUGCCCGCCAGCGCCGCCGCCUUCGAGCUGCAGAGGUCCCGACGCCGGUUGAUUUCCCAGAGGUCUUCAUUGGAAACAUUGGAAGACAUUGAGGAAAAUGCUCCCUUACGGAGAUGCCGGACUCUGUCAGGCUCACCCAGACCAAAGAACUUUAAGAAGGUUCAUUUCAUCAAGAACAUGCGACAGAAUGAUACAAGGAGUGGCAGAAUAGUCCUUAUUAGUGGAAGAAGAUCUUUCUGCAGCAUAUUUUCAGUGCUUCCAUAUCGGGACUGUAGCCAUGUUGGAGAUGUGAAAACGGAAUGUGGAAGACAGUGUCAUGCUGCCGCAGGGGUUUGCUUGAAAGAUAUAGUUGGCCUUGAAGGUGUGGAACUAGGAGCCAAUGGGAAGACUGUUUCGUAUACCCAGUUUCUUUUUCCAACCAACGCCUUGGGAGCACGGAGAAACACCAUAGACUCCACUUCAUCCAUUCAGUUUCGCAAUGCAAGCCAUCGUAGCCUAUCGUUGGGAAGGGCUAACAGUACCCAAGGGAGCAUUGAUACAGGCAGUGACUUGGGCGAAUAUAUUGAAUACAACCCUAAUCUUUUAGAUGAUCCUCAGUGGCCAUGUGGAAAACAUAAGCGGGUAUUGAUAUUCCCUUCAUAUAUGACAACAGUCAUUGAUUAUGUGAAGCCAUCAGACCUUAAGAAAGAUAUGAAUGAGACUUUCAAGGAGAAGUUCCCUCACAUCAAGCUGACACUUAGUAAAAUAAGAAGCCUGAAGCGAGAGAUGCGCAAACUAGCCCAAGAAGAGUGUGGUUUUGAGGAACCCACUGUGGCCAUGGCCUUUGUCUAUUUUGAGAAGCUUGCUCUCAAGGGAAAACUCAACAAGCAGAACAGGAAGCUGUGUGCAGGGGCCUGUGUGCUACUAGCUGCCAAAAUUGGCAGUGAUCUCAAAAAGCACGAGGUGAAACAUCUCAUAGAUAAACUGGAAGAGAAGUUUCGGCUGAAUAGACGAGAACUGAUUGCUUAUGAAUUUCCAGCGUUAGUGGCCUUGGAAUUUGCUCUCCAUCUACCUGAACAUGAAAUCAUGCCACAUUAUAGACGCUUGGUCCAAAAUUCCUAGCAUUGGCUACCCUUCCAAGAAGGGGGAGGGGUUUAAAAACUUGAUUGAGCUCAGAAGAGCAAAAUUACUACUGGAAAUGCAAAAAUGGGACGCAGAUGCCCCAAGACCCAUUGUACUCUUUUUCAGUGCAGCUUUUUGACAAGAUAACGGGAAUAAAGCAGUAAAUUCCUUUUUAAGACUUUCAGGCUACAGGAACUGUUUAACUAAACGCAUGAGUGGCAUGCAAAUGAGUGGUGGAUGGAUUAGAUUCCUACCACAUGGACCAAAUAAUAAUUUCUUUGAGUUAUGCUUAUCUCUCCUGAAAAGAAUGAGGAUCUACAGUAGCCUUCAUUUCAUGCUUCUUUUUAACCGUUCCAUUACAUUGCUUGGAAUUUUGUCAGCUUUUCAAUAAGCGGGUGGUUUCCAGCUUAUAGAAGAAUCCUUCAAGUGGUGCCAGGUUGUGGUGUAUUUCUUCACUGUGUCAACGAUGUGCCAAUCUAUUUUUGUAUCUGAUACUGGAAGUGCACUUUUCCCGAUAGGUGGGUGGAUUGUUCAUUUGUGAGACAGUGAAUGUGCCAGCCUUGCAUCAUUGCUACAAUACUGUGUUUACUAAAGAAUGGGGGGGGGGGGAUUUGGGACCAUCUGGAGAAAACAAAACUACUGAAAGGGAGAGAUGUGGUUUCUAUUCUUCAGGUGCCAGACUUCAGGUGGCAUUUUGAUUCUUUGAUUUCAUCCACUGUCUGUACAACUUUUUUGUUUUUCUUAAGAUUACACUACUUCAUAUGUACACACACACACACACAAAAUGACUCCACCUGCAACUCGUCUUACACUUUCACUUUUGUACUUGAUUCCAUUCAUAUGCUGAGUAUGUGAGAGAGGUGUCCUUUUGUGGUCGUCUCAGUUUCAGCCACACACUAGCAACCUCUGCAGUUUUCCCUCUGUAGAGAUAGUUAGAUUUGCACUCUGUAGUGUUCGCAAUUGGUGCUCUAUGUUAGAGUGCAUUCGGAGGCACGUUGAUGGUGCUGAAUGUUUAAACAGUGUUUUCUAAAACCAAUGUGUCAAACCAAGGAGCGGAAUUGUCAGUCUGGGGCCUUGAUACCAGGAACACACACCAGUGUGGGUAAUUCUCGUUGCUGUCACAUUACUGUUGUUUUUAAACAAAAUAAGCUGUACAACACCAACUUUGAAAAACGAGGGCACUAAAAUUGCUACAUUUUUUUCAAACCUCUGAGAUGUUUUACUAUUCCGGAAUCUUGUAGUACCUUAACUAUGUUUGUAAAUUACCAAAUCCAGACGGGAAAAACGCAGACUCCAAACAGGACCCUCUCUGUGUAUUCUGUUUUCUAAAUACUUGUAUGUAUAAUUAUUAUGUAUGAUUAGAUAAUUGCAGCUGGAUGUGCUUGGUAAUAUGCUAAAAGACAUGCAUCAAAGAAUUAAACAAUUAUUUUUAUAUAUA